AUGUCAGACGGCCGAGUGGACGAGCGAUCUCGUCUGAACGUGCUCCAUCACCCCACGCCGGUCGCGAUCCCGGCCUCGAGAUCGAUGCAGCUGCUCGACGGGGACCGCUUCGAGGCGACCGUGUUCGACGAGCCGCCGCCCCACCGGCAUCCUGGGCCGAACCAAUACCGCGGCCACCGCGACAGUCGCGACCACCGCGAGCCACUCGAGCCGCUCGAGCCACACGCGGACGACGGCUUCGACCAGCAGCGCACCCAGUCACGACGAUCACAACAAGACUCGCGCCCUCGCUCAGAGUACUCGUCCACCUCCGCAUCCACACGUCGUCCGCACCGCGUCGUUGACCGCGGUACUGCUGCUGCCGGCUACUCCGCAAGUCUGGGGGGCGCGACGGGGGCGGGGGCGGGGGCUGGGAUAGGGACAGGGGCCACUGCUCCACCAUCGUACUCGACGCGGCAACUCGCCCCAUCUCGAGUUAUACCUGGGUCGGCUUCGACCCGAGCGCCUUCUACGACCGCGACCGCGACCGCGACCACUUCGAGCAAGAGAAAGAACCACCACCCGAGCAGCAACACCCACUAUCCCGCUGCUGCGUCCACGACCACUCAUCACUCGCCCUGGCCAGCUCACCUCGCGCCCCAACGUCAGCAAGCGUAUCAAAGCACCUCGGCUGCAGGUUCGACCGCCGCGAAGUCGCACAAAAGCACCAUCUCGAGACGGCUGCGCGCUAAGGACCGCGACCGUGACCAAUUGGACUCGGCGUCGGAGAGCGGCGUAUCGCUCAUAUCCAACUUCCAUGCGACUCGCACUCGUCGCACCGACGACAACAGAUCUUCCGACAAAGCUCGCCAAACACGGAGGGCUCUGCUCCAACAGACCGACUCGCCCGUGCGGCGGUGGACCAAGUCGUUCGAGCCCGCUGUCGGUCCAACCCGAACGCUCACCUUGGCCGUCGCGUUCGUCGUGCUCGUCAAGUGCAUCGUCGGACUUGGAGAGUACUCGGGUAAGCGAUGUCGUAUUUGCUGGUGAAGAAGGCUAAACUGUGAGACGAACAUCCGUGGUCUGAUGCUGGAUAUGGUCGUCGCAGGUUUCGGAGUCCCUCCCUUGCGCGGCGAUCUCGAAGCCCAGCGGCAUUGGCUCUCUCUCACGUCUGCAACACUCACUUCCAAGUGGCUGCAUCUAGCUCCGUCAUCGUAUGCAAGACAUGAUCCCAUCCAGAUCACCCGGUGGUACCAUCACGACUACGACUAUUGGCGCCUCGAUUAUCCUCCUCUGACGGCGUACCACUCCCUCUUGCUCGGCUUCCUCGCCCGACUGACGCCUCGCACCGCAGAGUUUGUUACAUGGCGUCCCCCGAGCGACGCGCCAAAAGAUGCACUCGCGGCGUGGGAGCAGAAUAUGGUCCAGCUAGAGCAAACUGGCGAAAUGAAGGCUUGGAUGCGCACCACGGUGAUAGUCGGCGAUCUCCUCGUCUACAUCAGUGCGGUCGUAGUCUACUGCAGCCGCAACUACGCCAAGAAAGAGAGUAGUAGCAGGCGUGCGCAACCCGUCGUGAGUCUCCCAGCGCGACCUGACCCGCUUGAAGUAUAUUUGCUAAAAAACCUACUCCCGAGCACAGAUCGUUGCGACACUAAGCGUGCUGCUGCAGCCGGCUCUGAUCUUGAUCGACAAUGGUCAUUUUCAGUACGUGUUUGAGGCCCAGCAUACCCGCACCGCAGUAGGAACUGACUGGCCCAUGCUCAUACCACCACCGCGCAGGUACAAUUCGCUCAUGCUGGGCUUGACCGUGUGGGCGCUCAACUUCUUCCAAAGUGGCUACGACCUGCUCGGAGCUGUCGCCUUCGUUGGGGCCCUGGGGUUCAAGCAGAUGGCCCUGUACUACAGCCCUGCCAUGUGCGUAGAGCCCGAGGCAUGGCUCAAUGGUUUGACCUUUUCCAGCGCCGCUGACCAUGAUAGACGCAUCAUUUCAGCUUCGCCUACCUGCUCGGGAAGUGCCUCUAUAGGGGCGGCCGUCUGGGCAUGUCGCUUUUCAUCAAUCUUGGCUUCAUCACCGUCGUCUCUUUCGGUCUACUUCUCUCGCCCUUCCUUUCCAAGCCUUCGGAGAUCCUCCAAAUCCUCGCGAGAAUAUUCCCCUUCUCCAGAGGUCUGUUCGAGGACAAGGUUGCCAACUUCUGGUGUGCGAUCAACGUCGUGGUCAAGUUGCGACAACUUGCGUCCGUGGCGUCGUUGGCCCGGCUCGCCCUUGUAUUCACUCUCGUGGCCCUGUUACCUUCGGUCAUUGGGCUGUUGUGGAUCAGUCGCGAGCUUGGUAUCAGGAAGCGCCAGAACGAAGCGGCGACUGGCCACACGAAAUCGGCGCAGCUGAAUGGAGCACCAGCAGCCACCGCGGAGUCCGCUACGGACGUAAUUCAGACGAUCAAGCUCCUUCCCCACGCUCUCUUCGUUUCUUCAAUGUCAUUCUUCAUGUUCUCCUUCCAGGUCCACGAGAAGAGCAUCCUGCUGCCACUGAUGCCCAUAACGCUGCUGAUGGGAGGACGUGAAGCCGGUUUUGGCCGGAUGGAUUGGGAAUGGGGCGUGCUGUUGAACAACGUCGGCGUGUUCAGGUACGGAAUCCACCCGAAUAACCUCCCAGCCCCCCAUUCCAUGAACUACCACUGACUUUUGAAUGUCCUUCACGAACAGUAUGUGGCCUUUGCUGAAGCGCGAUGGGGUGGGACUUGCCUACCUCGUGCUCACACUCGGAUGGAACUACGUGAUCGGGUACAAUCCUUUGGCACUGCGGCGAUCCUUCGUCAAAUACCUUUCGAUCGUAAGCUUUAUCUGUGAGAAUUCUGGCAACUCCCCAUUCCCCCUGGCUGAUAUAUCACUCUUCUCCCCGCGCAUAAGGCUUCCUACGCCACGAUCGCGCUGUUGCACGUCGUCGAGCUCGUCGCUUCACCACCAGCUCAUUUACCAGAUCUGUUCGUCGUUAUGAACCUGACCGUGUCGUGUGCAGUAUUUGGGCUCGGAUACCUGUGGGCCUCCAAGAGGCUUGUACAAGAAGGAUGGGCCGUGGUUGGGAUGAAAUGA